CCUCUUUCUCUCUCUCUUACCCACACCCUUAUUUUUCUCUCUUUCUCUCUCUCUCUCUCUCUCUCUCUCUCUCUCAUUUUCAGUCUCCCCAUUUUCUCUCACUACACUUUCUCUCUCCUCUUUUGGAGAAUCGAAACCUCAUCUCUUUCAUCCAACCCCAAAUUAAACCCACAAAAAUCAAAUCCAAAUUACAAGAAGUUUAGGGUUUUAAUUUAAGCAAUUAAAAUCUCUCUCCUCGAAUUCACACAACCCAGUUAUGAACUUCUGAUUCAUCUCUCUCCUGGAUUAAAAGCUCCCAUCUUUCAGCUAUUUUAGAUGGUGGAUGAGCUUAAAACGGUGUCGUUUCAGAUCCAAGCCAAGCCCGAAGGCCCGACCCACUGGUCCUUUUCCCCCCAUUUCUGAGCUCACCCGACCCAGUGAUCGUAUCAGGAAACUUCUGAAGGUUUAGCUUGUGUAUGUUGACCAUCCAACAUGGCAAGCGCUAUGGCGGAGUUAAAUCAGCAAAGUGUCUCUAAUCUUGCUUCCAAGUCUACAAAACAGCAAGCUCAAAUGGAUGUGUUACCACUAAAUAACCUUUCUGGUGAGAAACACAACGAGGUCAAAGUAAAGUGCAGCCAUUUCUCCAUACGUGGUUAUGUAUCAGAAGUUCGCAAAAGGGAUCCAAAAGUUUGCUAUCCUUUUUCGCGGAAGGACUCCACUGAACCACUAUCUAUCGAGCUGCCUCCUAUGGUGGUUCCCAAAUUCCGGUGGUGGCAGUGUAACAGUUGUGUCCCAGAAACUAGUGUCAUUGCUGAUAAUAAAGAAGCUCAGAAGCCUGGAGAAAAUGUGAAUGCUCAGUUGGCUCUAGUAACGCAACCCUCAAAGGUCAAUGUUUCUAAAGUAGGAAAUGCUGAAGCUAGUACCUCUCUCGAUUCAAACGAUAACAGAAAUUAUACUCCAAUUAAUAUAGUUGCUGAUCUUAAAGGGAAAGGCAAAGCUCAUGUUGAAGAUGAGCCUGCACCACCCUCAGCCUGGGAAAACGGCUUUCUCAAGGAUUCAAGUCGGAAAAUUCUGCAACAAACUACUGGCGAAAUUGAAGUUAGCAUUAUAGCUUCUGAAAGUGAAGCAGAUAAACUUGAACUUGGAUCAAGAUGCAAUGGAAAUGGAGUCAUCAAAAAUCUUCAGAAAGACAGCAGAGUGGGUAGAAUUGAAGUCAGACCUGCUCAAGAAUAUGUGAACCAUAAUGGGGAGUAUGCCAAUGGAAACUAUGGAGAAAAAUCACAAGCUUCUUCAGAGGACAGCAUUGCAGAUUCACCAACAAACAAUAUGGAGGCAGAGGUAGUUAGAGUAGGUAAUGGAGCUAGCAAUGACAGAAAAAGUCGGGUAGUAAACUUGCCAGAUUUGAAUGAGUGUAGUGGAGAACCUUCUUUGUAUGAUGGAAAUAACGAGGCUAUAAUCACAAAUAGUAGUAAUGAUGUAUUCUGUGAAGAUGAUGACGAUUACUUGGGGGCAGAGCGCCGGAAAUAUCCUAAGGUACGGCUUUUGAGUGAAUUAUUGGGGUUGAAAGAAAACCCAAGUUCUGGUAGGGGGAGAAAGAGAAAUCCUUCAUUGGCUAGUUCUUUGGAUGAGAGUGUCAAACGAAGGAAGGUGAGUUCUCAGGAUGAAGGAUCAAAAUCUGUGGAGAUCAGGGUUUCAAAUGAUGAAACCAAGAAGACAACUGAUUCAGAGUAUGCACUUGAUUCAGAUGAUAUAUCAACAGAGGUUAUCUCCAAGGCUUUGGCAAAAAGGCGGUGCAAGUCUAAAGUUCCUGUAAUUGAGAAGAAGAAUAAGAAGAGUAAAUUCGACCAUGUCGGUUCUUCUUCAGUAUAUCGACAGAAGCAUAUGUCUAGAUCAGCAUGUCAUGAAAAAGGAAGCACUUCUGAGAUUCUGCCUCAAAAAAGUGCUGUUUCUGACCAGUUAGUUGAGAGAAGCUCAGUUAUGACCAAGAAGAGAGGAAAGGCCUCUCAGUCAAGAAAGGAUGUGGGUUCUGUAAAUCCCUGCAAAAACCAGACUCCGAAAGACUUUGAAUUCGCCCAAAAAGAUGACAAUGCUGAUAAAAACCCUGUUCUGCAAGUUCAAAAAGAUUCUGAAAGUGUUCAUUCUAUCCCCAGAAACUAUAUUAUUAAGAGGCACUGUCAGGUUCAUGAUCCUUCAGGGGAGGAAGGGUUACAUCUUCCUUCAUUUCAGGCAGAACCGUUGCCUAGUAGUGCGAGAAAACAUCAAGAUAACAUAAAUAAUGUUGGGGAGACUAGUGUAGAUUUUAGUACUAUUUCUGUUGGCACUCCUUCUCCGGGAAAUCCAUUUAAUGGAAAUGUAGAGAGAAGCAAUUAUGUAAAGAAUAGUUUGAAGGAGAAGAAAUCUGCGAUCCCUGAAGCUGAAGAGGGCAGUCCUCUGACACAGGAUAUCUGUUUGCAGGUGCCUAACUCAGUUGUGAAUCAGAAGGUACAGACAAAUGAAGUUCGAGGGCGUAUACAUGAUAUUGAUAUAAAUAGUAUCCCAACAGAUGACAAAGUAACAGACCAAGGCGUUACUGACGAUAUACCUAUGGAUAUUGUGGAGCUGAUGGCUAAAAAUCAAUACGAGAGGCAUCUAGGUGACCCAAAAGGGAAGCAAACUCAGCCAACCCCUUCUGGUAAUUCUGGAAGAUGCAUCAGAGAUAACCAAGUCAGUGGUUCGCAAUGGAAAAACACCGGACAAUCCCAUUUUCUCAGCAUGCAAAAUCCGCCAUCUACUGAUGCUAGAAACUGUAUGGUGAAUGGAAAUUUGGGUCACUUCUCAGACUUCAACCGCAACCCUCUAGGUUCCCCGGGUUGUCUUCCGAGAGAAAAUCAAGUUCCUGCAAGGUUUUUGUCUCUUUCUCAAGGGCAAGAGCAAAGUCCCCCUUACCCUCCAUGUGAUUUGAGUUUAAACAAUUGGAACGGGAAUAUUAAUGUGUCCGCGACAACACAAAGGUACCCUCCGAGUUUUCUCCAAGCAGUAGAAUCAUAUAGACUUCAACCUUGUGCUGCACCGAGACAGAAUGCUACAACUGGUGCCGCCUCCCAUGUAUGGUCGUCUGUUGUAGCAAGUCGCAUGCCUUUGGGAAUUACAAACCCGCAGAUGAUCUCUCAAAGUACUAAUGGUCUGAAUAAAGGGAAACUACACCAUCAGAGUUCUGGCAGUAUUUUAAACUUCAAUUCCCCUGCUUCUACCAGCUAUGGGAAACAGCACAACCUUAAUUUCUCAAACAGUUACAACAACAUUGGAGGCUAUCCAGAAAGUUCUGGAGGAGGGUCAGUUGAUCCGUAUACCAAUGAUGCCAUUUCUGCUAUGCAUUUAUUGAGCAUGAUGCAAAAUGCAGCAAAAAUGCAAAGUGCAGGGUUGUCCUUAGGCCCUCAGAAGGCGGUACGGCCUAGUAGCUCAAGGCAGCCCUUCGUUGAAAACAACUCUCGUCAUCAUCCGUGUUAUCCUGCUUCCGUUCCCAUUCCCACAGCUCAGCCUUUUGGCCCGUCGUUUCAGGGUGAUGUGGCCAACACAAGGUUUAUGGGGCCAAUUCCAUUGACAUUGCAAGGGCAAAGGAACAUGGACAGCUCCCAUUUCUCCCUCCAAGGUGAAAUCCAUCGACCUCAAAGACAACAAAUGGGUUCUUCCCUGCAGAAUCAGAAUCAGAAUCAGAAUCAGAAUCAGAAUCAGAAGGGGAAGGGGAAGGAUAUCUCUGUCAUUUCACACCCCCCUUAUGUCAAAAACACUUCACAGGGUAUGAAUAAGGAUGCUGCACCUAACUUCCUGAGUAGAGAGAGUGUUAGACGAGAAGAGAAGACCACUCCACCAACUCCUGAUAAAAUAAUUUGCAAGUUAAACCAGAAUCCAAGUGAAUUCAAUGACUUGAAGGAGUUGUCUCGGUAUAUGAUCGGACCAGAUGAACUGAGGCCAAGGGAAAUUGCCCGUGAUAGUAGAUUAGCGCAGUCCAGACGAGAUGCCAGGAGACAAUUCAUCAAGCAGAACAGCAGGCCUAUCCCUAUCCCUAUCCCUUCCGGUAAAGACCGGGAAAGGCAGAGGAAAUUCUGAGCAUGCAUUGGAAUUGAACUUAAUUAAUUAAGGCGGCCUUUUGAUUAUAAAUAAAAUUAGUGGAUCGAGCAGUUCCCAUCAAGGUAGUAGAGGAGUUUCCUCAAGGAGAAAUAUUAGCACACAGUUGUUUUUGUUGGAUAAAAUUAGGGUGAGUGAGACUAUUUGUAGAGUAGUACUACCCCUUAACCUUUGGAGAAAAUGGGGUGGGUUGAAUUUAAAUUACUGUUUUUAUUAUACUGUAAUGUGUAUUUGUUGAAGCCUUUGAAUAAGACUGAGGAUGCAGUAAGUUAAUGAUGUUUACAGAGUAUAGUAACUGUCCUUUUGUAACAAUGGUCAUGUAUUACAUAUAUAGGUUUUUUGUCCACUUUUGGAUGGUAUUAUUGGUCUGUAAAGCUGAGAUUGGAACUUCCAUUUUGCUGUGUUUUUUUUUUUACUGUAAUGGUAACAGAGUCUGUUCUAGCAA